CCUGCUUCCAGGCACAUCUGUGGUAUGAGUAGAGAGAAGCUUGAGGAACAGAAGUAUCUGUUAUGGAAUUGCUGGACCUGCAGACUUAUCUUGACUAUUCUACCCAGAACAGGCAUAAUCUGAAUGACAGAGCUACGCUUAGAUUAUCGGUAACUGAGACAAUGGACUGUUUGACCCAGAUGAUGCAAAAGAGAGGUUGGUGUCUACGGGACUCUGCAGACAAGGAAGAAGAGGAUAUGAACAGGUCUUUUAAAACAGUGGCAUUUCAGCAUGUGGCUGUGGACCUCUCUCAGGAAGAAUGGCAGCAAAUGAAACCUGCUCAGAGGAACUUGUACCGAGAUGUGAUGUUGGAGACAUAUAGGAACCUAGUCGCAGUGGGUUGUCAAGUCACCAAACCAGAUGUGAUCUUCAAGCUGGAACAAGAAGAGGAACCAUGGGUGAUGGAGGAAGAAAUGUUUUGGAGACUUUCUCCAGAAUCCAGAAGAGAAGGCAAGAAGUACUGUGUAUUUGAAGUCAUAGUGGACGGCUUGAAGUUCAAUGAUGUGGUCAUUUACUUCUCUCAUCUGGAAUGGGAAUGCUUAAGCUCCGCUCAGAAGGAUUUGUACCAAGAUGUAAUGUUGGAGAACUACAACAACCUUGUCUCAUUGGGACUUUGUGAUACUAAGCCACAUGUCAUCUCCUUAUUGGAGCAGGGGAAAGAGUCCUGGAUGGUUAUGAGGAAGACAACAGUGUGGCAUCCAGACUGUGAGUCUAGAUGGAAAACCAAGAAUAUAUUGCCAAAGGACAGUUCUCUCCAUUUGCAAUGGUUUAAUUUUAUAAAAGAAAAACAUACACACUCCAACCUUAAUGGCAGCAGCGUCUCAGGCCAGUUGGAGAGUAGAGCAGAGCCUCGGGAGGGAAGCCUACGACAGCCGGGGAAAGCCUCGCCAGAAAGGCCCACUUCCAUUCAGCAUUCAGCCCGGAAAGGCCCUCCGCCAGCUCACACUGGAGAGAAGUGUCAGAAAGCUGUCAGGAGCCAGUCAUGUCCCGUUCCGCACAGACGAACUCCUGGUAAGGAAAAAGACUGUGAAUGUGGAGAGUGUGGGAAAAUCUUUGAUAGUGAGUCCAGCUUGAUUAAGCACCAGAGAGUUCAUAAAAGCAAAAAAAGCACUGAAAAUGAGAAAGGGGCCUCAAGCGCCCCCAUGGGUGAGAAAGUUCACAAGUGUAAGGAGUGUGGGAGAGCCUUUCAUUCUACCUCACAACUUAGGCAGCACCAAAAGAUGCACGCAGGUGAGAAGCCCUACAAAUGUCAGGAAUGUGGGAAGGCGUUUCCGUCUAAUGCCCAACUUAACCUUCACCACAGAGUCCACACGGAUGAGAAGUGCUUUGAGUGUAAGGAGUGCGGGAAGGCCUUUACCCGCUCCUCACACCUUCUCCGACACCAGAGAAUCCAUACAGGCGAGAAGCCCCAUAAGUGUAAGGAGUGCGGGAAAGCCUUUCGCUAUGACACGCAGCUUAGUCUCCAUCAGAUCACUCACACUGGGGAGAGGCGCUAUGAGUGCAAGGAAUGUGGCAACGUGUACAGCUGCGCCUCACAACUGAGUCUGCACCAGAGGAUUCACACGGGGGAGAAACCCCACAAGUGUAAGGAGUGUGGGAAAGGGUUCAUCUCUGACUCGCACCUCCUGCGGCACCAGAGUGUCCACACUGGGGAGAAACCCUACAAGUGUAAGCAGUGUGGGAGCGCCUUCCGGCGCGGCUCGGAGCUCACUCGCCACCAGAGAGCUCAUGCUGGGGAGAAGCCCUAUAAAUGUAAGGAAUGCGGAAAGGCCUUCACAUGUAGCACAGAACUAGUGAGACAUCAAAAAGUUCACACUGGUGACCGACCCCACAAGUGUAAGGAAUGUGGGAAGGCUUUCAUUCGAAGAUCGGAACUUACCCAUCAUGAAAGAAGCCACACUGGUGAGAGACCUUAUGAGUGUAGGGAGUGUGGAAAGGCCUUCGGGCGAGGCUCAGAACUUAAUCGACACCAGAAAAUUCACACUGGUGAAAAGCCCUAUGAGUGUGAGCAGUGUGGGAAGGCCUUUAUCCGUGGCUCUCACCUCAGUCAGCAUCAAAGAAUUCAUGCAGGACAGAGGAGUGAGUAGAGGGAAAGGGACAUGGUUUUGAUUUAACACCUAUGGUGAAAUUAUAUAAGUAAGUUCUUCCAGAAUUUAGCCAACAGGAAUCAAUUGGUAAAAUACUAGAAAAUUGAUGAAGAAAGAGUGGGGAUCCCAUUUUGGUGUCUCAGAACCAAGUCAACCUCAGGGAACUUAGUCAGAGAAAUGAAUCUUCAGGACAUCUUAACAUCAGGGUUACUCACCUGGUAAUUCAAUCUUUUUUUUCUUUGGCCAGUCUUAAGGCUUGAAUUCAGGGCCU